AUGAGCUAUGUCAGUAACCUCCACUACAGCCAUGGUAGGAUAAGAACAUGGAGAGCCUACGACAUUGGCCCUGGGAAAAGUGUUCCAUGGACAAAGUUCAGUAUUCCUGAAGAAUGCGAACUUCCGACAAUAGAGGCUAGUCCUUAGAUGAGCGUGGCCAGUGCGAGCUUUGUUCCAGUAAGACCGAGACGAACAGGUGGCCAUUCUCUUGUGACAGAGAAAGAAGACAGUUCCGAAAGUGAAGAUGAGUCAAGCGAUACCCUGUCUUCUGCUACCAAUUCUCGAUUAUUUACGUGCCCGGAAGAGGGAUGCAUUAAGUCUUUUAUGAGGCAUCCAUCGCUUGUUAAACACUUAGACUGUGAAAAACAUAAGCGUAAACUUUAG